CAUCCACUCUGCCUCCCAUCCUUCAGGAUAAAUUACAGGAGCUCUGUUUUGUUUCGUUUACCACACACGUCUCCUAUCUCCUGCGUGUGAUUAACCUGCCUUUGGAGAGGGACAGUCUGUGGAUAGCUGCAAGCGAUAGUUAAACACUAUGAGCCAUUUUCAGUUUGCGUUGGGGUUUUUAUUGACUGUUUUAAUAAAGUCACAAAGUAUGCUAUAACUCGCCUUUGAACACGUUUUUUGGGGGGUCAAGUGACAGUGUAGGAGUAUAACAAUGUCAAAUAAGGAUACGUAGUCAGGUGUUUCGAGCUUUACUUGAUUGAAAACUGCGCGAUUUCCACAAGUUGCGUCGCAUUGUUUGUCACUAUUUACAUUUUACAACGUUCGUAUUGCCCUUGUUACAGUUCUAGGCUGCAAUUAGGAAGGUUUUCCCCCUCUAGUUGACAUUCUUUGUGCGGGAUAGUGAUAUCAAUAUCCCAGUCACUUGACUUGAGACGUAAUUAUGUCAAAGGGUUCAAGUUGCCAAGAACCCGACUCUCAGUGGUACUCCAAUGAUAAGCCAUUGAAAUGUCGUAUUGGUGCGACUUGGUCCAAGGGGAAAAGACGCUACAUUAAAUUGGAUGACCACCUAUUUUCAGUUAAUUGGAUAAAAUGUCCCAAAGGCUCAGCCGUGAAACCAACGCGUCGAAAUCGACCAAAGGGCCAAGUGGAGAAAUGCAUGAGCUCCAUGCAGACAGGGACCCAGAUGGUGAAGCUGCGCGGCGGCUCCAGAGGACUGGUGCGCUACUUCUACCUGGACCAACACAAGUCCUGCAUCCGUUGGCGGCCCUCCCGCAAGAACGAGAAGGCCAAGAUCUCCAUCGACUCCAUCCGAGAGGUGUGCGAGGGUAAGCAGUCUGAGAUCUUCCAGCGCUACUCUGAGGGCAGCUUUGAUCCCAACUGCUGUUUCAGCCUGUACUAUGGAGAGCGCUUGGAGUCCCUGGACCUGGUCUCCAGUAUGGGUGAGGAAGCACGCACCUGGAUCACCGGCCUCAAGUACCUGGUGGCGGGCAUCAGCGACGAGGACAGCCUGGCCAAGAGGCAGCGCACCCGUGACCAGUGGCUGAAGCAGACGUUUACGGAGGCGGAUAAGAACGGCGAUGGAAGCCUGAGCAUCAGCGAGGUCUUGCACCUCCUACACAAGCUGAACGUCAACCUGCCCCGCCAGAAAGUCAAGCAAAUGUUUAAGGAGGCAGACACUGAUGACAACCAGGGCACCCUGGGCUUUGAGGAGUUUUGUUCCUUCUACAAGAUGAUGUCGACACGCCGUGACCUCUACCUGCUCAUGCUCACCUACAGCAACCACAUGGACCACCUUGACACCAGCAACCUGGCCCGCUUCCUGGAGCUGGACCAGAAGAUGACGAAGGUGACCAAAGACCAUUGCCUUGAGAUUGUGAACAAAUUUGAGCCAUGCCCCGAGAACCAGAAGCAAGGGGUUCUGGGUAUUGAUGGUUUCACCAGCUACAUGCGCAGCCCGGAGGGGGACAUUUUCAACCCAGAGCACAAUGUGGUGACCCAGGACAUGUCUCAGCCACUCUGCAACUACUUCAUCGCCUCGUCCCACAACACCUACCUGAUGGGGGACCAGCUCAUGUCCCAGUCCCGCCUCGACAUGUACGCCUGGGUGCUGCAGGCCGGCUGCCGCUGCGUGGAAGUGGACUGCUGGGACGGGCAGGACGGCGAGCCCAUCGUCCACCACGGCUAUACUCUCACCUCCAAGAUCCUCUUCAAAGACGUCAUCGAGACCAUCAACAAGUACGCCUUUGUGAAGAACGACUACCCAGUGAUCCUGUCCAUUGAGAACCACUGCAGCGUCCCCCAGCAGAAGAAGAUGGCCCAGUACCUGGUGGAGGUGAUGGGCGACAAGCUGGACCUCUCAGCCAUCAAGGCAGAUGAACGGGGCCGCCUGCCCUCCCCAGACACCCUUAAAGGGAAGAUACUCAUCAAGGGAAAGAAACUCCCGUCGAACAUUGACGAAGACAACGAAGAGGGUGACGUGACGGAUGAAGACAGCGCUGACGAGAUGGAGGACGACUGCAAACUGAUAAAUGGCGAUACGUCCAUGACCAGGAAGCAGGUGGAGAACGUGGCUAAGAAGAAGCUGGACAACCUGAUGAAGGAGUCUAAGAUCCGUGACCAGGAGGACCCCGACAGCUUCACCCUCGCUGCUCAGCCCCGAUCGGGAAAGACCACCGACAAGUCACCCUCCAAGGGUAAAGGUGAUGAUGGUGCAGAAAUAGGGGACGAAGCCAACCCCAGCACUAACAAGCGUCUGGGUAGGACCUUCAUGGGCAGCUUCUCUAAACGCAAGAAAAAGACUGUCAAGCUGAAGAAGACCAACAGCCUUGAAGACAUCGACACAGACCAGGAGAGCACCAGCAGCGCCACCCGGGCCCCCCUGCAUCACAGCAGGAAGAAGACCAUGAAGCUGACCAGGGCUCUGUCAGACUUGGUCAAAUACACCAAGUCAGUGGGCGUCUCCGACAUAGAGAAACAAGCCGCCAGCUCCAGUUGGCAGGUGUCUUCUCUGAGCGAGACCAAGGCCCACCAGAUCAUGCAGCAGAAAGCCGACACCUUCAUCCACUUUAACCAGCGGCAGCUCUCGCGCGUCUACCCCUCCUCCUACCGUGUGGACUCUUCCAACUUCAAUCCCCAGCCCUUCUGGAAUGCUGGAUGCCACCUGGUGGCGUUGAACUACCAGUCAGAAGGGAGAGUUCUCCAGCUGAACAGAGCCAAGUUCAACAGCAACGGCAACUGUGGCUUCAUCCUGAAGCCGGCCUGUAUGUGUGAAGGUGCCUUUAACCCCAUGAUAGAGGAUCCAUUUCCAGGGCAGAUGAAGAAACAACUGGUGCUGAAGAUCAUCAGUGGGCAACAGCUACCGAAGCCCAAAGACUCUAUGCUGGGGGACAGAGGAGAGAUUAUCGACCCCUUUGUGGAGGUGGAGAUCAUUGGUCUACCAGUGGACUGCUGUAAGGAACAGACCAGGGUGGUGGAUGACAACGGCUUUAACCCCAUGUGGGAGGAGACGCUGGUGUUCACGCUGCACAUGCCCGAGCUGGCGCUGGUACGUUUCCUGGUGUGGGACCAUGACCCGAUCGGCCAGGACUUCAUUGGCCAGCGCACCAUCGCCUUCAACAGCAUGAUACCAGGUUAUCGCCACGUGUAUUUGGAAGGUAUGGAGGCGGCCUCCAUCUUUGUUCACGUGUCUGUACAUGACAUCACUGGUAAGGGCAAGGUGUCCAGCGGCAUCAAAGGGCUGUUUCACAGAAACCCAAAGCAGACUUCUCUCGACAGUCAUGCUGCUGCACAGCUUAGCCAUAAGCACACGUUCGGCGCCCACCUGCUGCGCCGCACGGCCAGCGCGCCCACCAAGGUCCUGCCUAAGGUCAAGGAGGGUUUCCCCGAGAUCGCCACCGACACCAAAGACUACCGCUCAGAAGGCACCAGCGAGGACCGGGAGUUAGAGGACAGCCACCUCAUUGCUUCCUCCCAGCCCCCGCUGCUCCACCAGGGCACCUGGGACACCACGGCCGCCGUUGCCCCCGCCGCAUCACGCCAAGGCACCAACAGGCACCAUGGCACCAACGAGGCUUUCCACCCCGACGAGGGCAAAGAAUUGAGGGGAUGACAAUAGCCAGACCCUUCCACAGUGCAGAGACCAGCUCCCCCUAUUCGACUGCUCGCACCAAUCGCUGAUGAACUGGGGGACCGCCAUCUCACUCACUCCUCUUCCACUCCAGCAGACCACUCAUCCACACGUCACUCCCCACCUC